UCAAUAUUCUCUUACAAGCAUGCCUAUCAAAUGCCAAUGUUGAAAAUUUUGCCUUAAUAUCUGAUUUAGCAUUUGUAGUACAGAAUACAAGUCGCAUAGUCCGAGCUUUAUUUGAAAUUGCUUUGAAUCUAACUCUUAGUAUUACUUCUGAUUUCGUUUGGAAUGAUCAUAUUCAUAGUGUUGUAGAAUCAUGGUGGAUAUUCGUCGAGGAUUCUGAAAAUAUUGAGUUAUAUCAUUCAGAAUUUUUUAUAUUAAACAGGAAGCAACUUGAAGAAACUCAAAAGAUUAGGUGGAUAGAAGUUGAGACAUUUCUUUCAGUUUCCUUAAACCAUCUAAUUUUGCCUGAAAAUUAUCAUCAACAUGCAGAAUUGUUGAGUUUACCUCCAUUACCUAUAACUGCUCUAAAAAAUAAAUCAUUUGAAGAGAUAUGUGUUAAGAAAUUUAAUCAUUACAAUCCUGUACAGACUCAGUGUGUGGUUCGUGAAUAUCUACGUUCCAAGGUAGUUUACAUCACUCUAUUAAAAGCUUUAGUUUACGAGUGUAUAGAUGAUUGGCAAGCUAGAUUAACCAUGGAUGGUAUAAGUCGUAGUUGGCAACAUAAAAGUUAUGUUCAAACUAUAUCACUUGUGAUUAUUGAUGAAAUUCAUUUACUCAGUGGUGAUAGAGGACCUAUACUUGAGGUUUUUUUAUCACGAAUGAAUUACAUCAGUUCUCAAAACGAAAAUAAAGUUCACAUUAUUGGGUUAUUAACAGCUUUAGCAAAUGCUCAGGAUUUAGCAGACUGGUUGUGUAUUAUAAGGGUAGACUGUUCAAUUUUAGUCAUUCAGUACGUCCUAUUAGACAUUAAUAUUAAAGGAUUUUCUGAAAGACACUAUUAUCCUCGUAUGGCUACUAUGAAUAAACUGACCUUUAUUAAUAUUAUGAGAUAUUCUCUUAUAAAGCCUGUAAUUGUGUUUGUGUCAUCAUGA